AUGAGUGUCGUCUGGGUUGCGAUUCUUGUGUCCGAGCCCGACUUUCCCACACUCCUGCCAGCAAUGACUACCAUGCAGGGGGGGUUGAUAGGAACCGUUCUUUUCAACUUCGCGUUUACAAGUGCAUUGCCUUCGUGGGUUAAUGAGAAGCGCCCUGAGGUGUCGGUCUUCGCCAGCUUUGCGCUGACCAUGGGAUAUGUCCUUGUGGUUUACACUGUCAUUGGUAUCGUAGGCGGCAUGGCUUACAAGCCGUUCUACACAACGGAUGAGAAUUUGUUCAGCAAGUUGAAUGCAGGCGGCUCGAAGCUGGGACGGGUAACCGUGACGGCAUAUCCGAUGCUACAGAAUUUCACUUCGAUUCCGGUAUUUUCCAUUUUAACUCGUUACAAUUUGGUCCAGUCAGGACUCUCUGAUGGAAUGGCAACGUUUAUCGCUGUAGUGGUGCCCUGGAUAUUGAGCAUCGCCUUCUACACUGGUUCUGGUUUCAAUUCCAUCUCAGAGAUUGGUGGUCUUGCAACCUCUUCGGUGAUCAAUUUCAUUGUGCCUGCGGCUUUAUAUGCUUCAGCAAGACGGUACGCAUCAGAAAAUCAACAGUGA